ACUUCACUACAAACAGAAAGCUGAAAACGCUUGCGUCAGCAUCGAUCUUAGGAAUUAGCCCUUUAUUAUAUAUUCAUCAAUUUGAUACUCCCCAUCUCCAAGUCUAUCUACGUUGUUACAUUCAUCGGCACAAUACCAUCUCUCCAAGAUCCUCCACAACAGCCCAUCAAACUCACCACGUGAUACUAUCCAUUUCUCCAAAACUCCCGCAGCGACAUCAUCAAAAUGGUCCUCAUACCAUGUGAUAAUAAGGUCCAAAUCCCAGAAUAUGCCGAGAGCCAAAGUCCGCCCGCAUACACGCCAUACGACACCCCAACCGAGUCCAUCGCCUCCAGCUACCCACAAGAUUUAUCUUCUCUUCCCUCCCCUUCCUUCUCUACCGCCUCCACAUCCACAUACACCCCCACAACCACAGCCCCGCCAAACAUUCCCAUUUCCAACGCCGUUUCAUCUUGCCGCUCUGUUUUCCUUUCCGGCCCCCUCAAAAUCCUCGACUCAGUGUCUAGUUCCUCAACCAUCACAUUAUUUCACCAUGUCACUGUAACCGGUCCCAUUAGAUGCAGUGCAAGGGUAAACCUAUUAGAUGAUGUUACUGUAUCCGGUGAUGUGAAAGCGAGCUCACCUGUGACAUUAGAUGGUAGGGAGGGAAAAGGAGGAGUGGUGAUUAUGGGGACUGUGAAAAGUAGUUCUAGUGUGGAGAUGAGGGGGAAUGUGUAUGUGCAGGGUGAUGUGAAGAGUAGUGCUAAGGUAUUGUUGGAAGGAGUGGGAGGAUUGGUCAGAGUUGGAGGGAAGGUGGAUGCGAGUGGGCCGGUUACUAUUAGGGGAGCGGUGGAGGUGGGAAGUGUGGAGAGUAGUGGGAAGAUUGUUGUUGAGUCGUUGGAGACGCAGAGAAUUGUUUUGGGGGAAUUGGAAUCGAAAGGUGGUAUGGAGAUUGGAGGGGAUGUGGAAGUUCGGUAAGUAGAUUUCCUGUGUGAGUGAUGGCAUAUGGACUGACAUUGGGUUUAGUAGUGAUUUCAAGGCAAGUGGUAGUGUGAAGAUCAAUGGGAAGCUGCAUGUUCACGGAAAUUUUACAGUCCAUGGCAAUGUCAAAGUUCAGACUGGUUCGGAACUAAUUGUAAAUGGGAGGAGAACUAUACAUGGCAAAUUGGAGAAUGCUUGAGAGCCCAGGUAUGGGCACCUGUACUCUACCGGGGUUACUUGACCUUUACAGGGAGGUUACUCUACCCCAUCGAAGGUUUAUCAGGUGGUUAUUCAAUAGUAUCGUCGGGCAUUUGGGUACCGCAAAGUAAAUAUCAUGUGGUCGUCCUAUACUAUCAUCCAAAGUUGAAAUUGUCCCUAGUUAUCUUAGUCA